GGCUCAGGCAGCGCGCGGGAGGAGGCAACACAGCGGCGGAGCGGGAGGAGGACAGACCCCAGCGCUGAGCUCUGACCCGGACUAUAACUUCACCUGCUCCGCUACAGGAGACCCAGCAGCAGCGCUACAGAGGAUUACACACACUGUACACUGUUAUUACCGCUCCUACAGCCCGACUACAGGAGCUGUAACACACCGGGGCUUUCAGUGUGGAGGAAACUCUCACAGCAGCAAAAUGAGCCAGUGGAAGCAAAUCCAGCAGCUGGACAUGAAGUUCCUGGAGCAGGUGGACUUCUUUUAUGAUGAUAACUUUCCCAUGGAGCUGAGACAAGUGCUGGCCAACUGGAUUGAAAGCCAGGACUGGGAAACAGCCACAAACCACGAGGCCAUGGCUACAGUGCUCUUUAACAACUUCCUGCUACAGCUGGAGAGGCACUGCACCCAGGAACAGAACUUUCUGCACAGACACAACCUGAAGAGAAUAUUCCAACAGAUCCAGCAACGAUACAAAGCCAACCCUCAGAAUCUGUCUGCAGUCAUCUCCAACUGUCUGAGAGAAGAGCGACGCAUCAUAUCUGCCGCCAGCAUGCAGGAGCAGGGUCCGCUGGAGAAGUCUAUGCAAAACUCAGCAGCUUUGGAGAAGCAGAAGAACCUGGACAACAGAGUGGCUGUGAUUCGCAGUAGCGUGCAGCUUCUGGACCAGGCAGUGAAGCAUCUGGAAGACAUGCAGGAUGAUUUUGAUUUUCGCUAUAAAACCCUCCAGCUUCGGGACCCAGCGGAGAGGAACUCUCAGAACAUGAAACAAGAAGUCAUGGCGCUUCAGGAAAUACUCAACCAUCUAGACUAUAAAAGGAAGGAGAUUUUAUCCAAGAUGGCAGACGUGAUAAAGGAGAUAGAUGCGAUGGUUGCCUCUCAGCUAAUGCCAGAGCUGCAGGAGUGGAAACGUAGGCAGCAGAUUGCGAGCAUUGGAGGCCCUGUCCUAACCGGCCUCGACCAGCUACAGAACUGGUUCACCAUGACUGCCCAGAGUUUGUUCCAGAUUAAACGACAGCUGGAUAAACUGGGCGAGCUCAUCGUGAAGGUGACCUACGAGAGUGACCCCAUCCCGCAGCAGAGACCUCAGAUGGAGGAACAAGUCAAAUAUCUCAUAUACCAUCUCAUCAAAAGUUCCUUUGUGGUGGAGAAGCAGCCAUGCAUGCCAACACACCCACAGAAACCCCUUAUCAUCAAGACACAAGUACAGUUCACCACCAAAGUCAGAUUGCUGGUUAAGCUACCGGAAGUAGACUAUCAGCUUAAAGUGAAGACAACAUUUGACAAGGACCUCCAAAGCGGCAAAGUUACAAGACAGUUCUUCAUCCCCACAAACAACACCAAAGUGAUGGAUGUGGAGGAGUCCUCCAAUGGAUGCUUAUCAGUGGAGUUCAGACAUCUGCAGCUGAAAGAGAAGAAAUGCAUGAGUGGAGCAAAAGGAAAUGAGGGUCCGCUAACAGUGACAGAAGAGCUGCACUCCCUCAGUUUUGAGGCCAUGCUGUGUUUGCAGGGACUGGACAUUGACCUGGAGACCUGCUCCCUGCCCUUGGUGGUAAUCUCCAAUGUAAGCCAGCUUCCAGCAGGCUGGGCUUCAGUCAUGUGGUACAACCUGCUGACAGAUGAGCCCAAGAACCUGGCGUUCUUCAGUAACCCGCCGAGGGCGAGUUGGAGUCAGCUGUCCGAGGUGCUGAGCUGGCAGUUCUCCAGUUUUGCUGGACGAGGACUCAAUAAGGAGCAGCUGAGCAUGCUGGGAGAUAAACUUCUAGGUCAACAUGUAUCUUAUAACGACAGCCAGGUAUCUUGGUCUAAGUUCUGCAAGGAAAACAUUCCAGGGAAAUCAUUCAACUUCUGGCUGUGGCUGGACUCUAUUCUGGAGCUCAUUAAGAAACACUUGCUUCCUGUUUGGAUUGAUGGCUACAUCAUGGGCUUUGUGAGUAAGGAGAUGGAGCGAGCUCUGCUGAAGGACAGGGAGCCGGGCACCUUCCUACUGCGCUUCAGUGAAAGUCACCUGGGAGGAAUCACUUUCACCUGGGUGGAGCAGGAAAAUGGAGAAGCAAAGUUCAUCUCUGUGGAACCGUACACCAAGAACCGUCUCAGUGCCCUUGCCAUUGCUGAUAUCAUACGGGACUAUAAAGUAAUAGCAGACGGCAUCGUCCCUGAGAACCCACUAAAGUUCCUUUACCCUGACAUUCCCAAGGACGAAGCAUUCGGGAAACAUUAUAACAAUCAGCCAAACAAAGUUUGUCCCUACAUACAAACAAUUUUGAUUCCUGUCUCAGUGAAAUGGACAUUUGAUCUUCAUUGGAACAAUAUUAAGAGAUGGAGCACCACUCCUCCUCCCUGCUCCUCUCCAGAGCCCCCUCUGUCCCCAGGAAUGUCCAGCAUGCUCAGCGAGCAGAUCAGUGCCUAUGAGAUUGAAAGUGUUAUGAGUUCAUUGUAGACAUUCCUGUGAAGGCCAGAUUCCUCUCAUUUAUCUCUCUGUCUGUCUGUCUGACUGUGUGUGUGUGUGUGCAUGUGUGUGUGUGUGAGGAAGACAGAGAGUGGGUGUGUUUGCGUGCAUGCACAUGUUUUUAUGUGUAGUUUGUGCAUGUGUGCAAAGAAUUUGUUCAUACUAACUUCUCCUUUCUGGCUCUGCUAAUUCAAAUCUACUUCCUAUACACUUAAAUACAAAUGUGCUGCCAGCCAAAAGUGGUAAACCAAACCCCAAAAUAUUCAGAGACCCACACGAAAAUUUGAUUGACAACAAAUAUGGUGCAGCAAUCUGUAUAAGAUAAGAUGUAGCUUAUGAAAUUGAUUAUUAGGUUUAAAUUGCUUCAGGGUGUUUUGUUAUUAAAUACUCUUUUUUGUUUUGUUUUCAACCAUUUAUCUAUGAUACAUCUAAAUUUAAACGUUUCACUAAAAUUGAGACUCACACUAAAAUGAACUUACUGUAUUUUUUGCACUUUAAGGCGCAAUAUUAAUGAUUUUUUAAAUAUUUUCUGGUCUAUUUUCAUACAUAAGGCGCACUGGAUUAUAAGGCGCAUUUUAAGAGACAGUAUAAGUAACUUCUAAUUCAGCAGGUCUUGCUGCUGGGUGGUGGUGGGGGGUAGCUAACAGAGUUAAGUAAAGCUAAGCUAAGUAAACAAAACUGUCUUAAAAAAAUACUUUUUAAAGUCAAGUGAGCGUUGGAUGUUAGUCUAAACAGAUUUCUCUCCUGAAAAGUGUUUAUUUGGGUGAGUAAAGCGCUUCGGUUUAUUUAUAGUAAGCUUAGAUUCCCAAAUUUCUCCAGCACUAAAGCUGAAGCAUAAGCAUUAGCGGCUAACCGCUAGCGGUUAGCGGCUAAUGCUUCCCAACAGGGAUACACUGAGAAUGUGUAGUAAUCCUAAUACUGCUUCAGCAGUGCUAGUCAGGGUUAGGAGCAGACUACAGGCUGAUAAUACUCACCUCUGAAUGACAAAAGAGCUAGUGUGGAUAGCAGGUAAUGCUAUUGCUGCUCCAGCAGCGCUAGCCAGGGAUAGCAGCAGCCAGCAGGCUACAGGCUGAUAAUACUCACCUCUGAAUGGGAAAAUAGCGGUUAGCGGCUAAUACUAAUACUACUCCAGCCCUGGUACUGAAGAAACUUCACUGAAACUCCUGUAUAAAGCUGUACUUCAGUGGAGUGGCUUUACUGCUCCUUAAUACCUGACUUAAAUAAGGCACACCGGAAUAAAAAGCACACUGAUGACUUUUGAAAAAUUUAAGGAUUUUAAGUGCGCCUUAUAGUGUAAAAAAUACUGUAACUAUCUUGCUAAUCCACCAGUCAGCUUUGUUACGCAUGUGACUGUACAAUGGAAGACCAAUCAAACGAGCUCUGUCUAAAUUUCAAGUUUUAUUUUUGCAGAUAAUUUUCAUAUAAGCCACAGCUUAAAUUAUUUGGGUUGAAAUGUCUGUAUAUAUAAAUCUAUGUAUAGAAAUGUCUUACUAUUUUGCAAAAAAUAAAAAAAUAAAUUUGCCAAUAGCA